GUCCCGGGACACAAGAUGGCGACAGCGGCGCUGGGGAGGGCGAGGCGGAGGCGGCAAAACGGGCGGUCGAGCAGAACGUGUAAUCGUGUCCCCUCGAGUCCUCUCCGGGAAGCCGAUACCAGGAGUCCCCUGAGCCCCUGUCCACUGCAGUGCUGACCAGCCCGCCUACCUGUGCUGAGCUCUCCUACAGCCUCAUCCCGCUUCCGUGGGACCCUGGGAAGUGGGUCCGGCCGGCCGGAGAAGAAAACCCUCUCAUGCUAACGUCGCAGACCCCAGAGGGUCCCGUGUGGGUGCUGAGAUGGCCAAUGAAAACCAUGGCAGCCCCCGGGAGGAGGCAUCCCUGCUGAGUCACUCCCCAGGCACCUCCAGUCAGCCUUGUUCUCCAAAGCCAGUGCGCCUGGUGCAGGACCUCCCAGAGGAGCUGGUGCACGCGGGCUGGGAGAAGUGCUGGAGCCGGAGGGAAAACCGUCCCUAUUACUUCAACCGAUUCACCAACCAGUCCCUAUGGGAGAUGCCCGUGCUGGGCCAGCAUGAUGUGAUCUCGGACCCUUUGGGGCUGAAUGCGACCCCACUGCCCCAAGACUCGAGCUUGGUGGAAACUCCCCCGGCUGAGAACAAGCCCAGAAAGCGGCAGCUCUCGGAAGAGCAGCCCAGCGGCAAUGGUGUGAAGAAGCCCAAGAUUGAAAUCCCCAUAGCAGCCACGGGCCAGUCGGUGCCCAGCUCCCCGAGCAUUCCAGGAACCCCGACACUGAAGAUCUGGGGGACAUCCCCUGAAGACAAACAGCAGGUGGCUCUCCUUCGCCCCACGGAGGUGUACUGGGAUCUGGACAUCCAGACCAAUGCUGUCAUCAAGCACCGGGGGCCCUCAGAGGUAUUGCCCCCCCACCCCGAAGUGGAGUUACUGCGCUCCCAGCUGAUCCUAAAGCUUCGGCAGCACUAUCGGGAGCUGUGCCAGCAGCGAGAGGGUAUCGAACCUCCUCGGGAGUCUUUCAACCGCUGGAUGCUGGAGCGCAAGGUGGUAGACAAAGGAUCCGACCCCCUGUUGCCAAGCAACUGCGAACCAGUUGUGUCGCCCUCCAUGUUCCGUGAAAUCAUGAAUGACAUUCCCAUCAGGUUAUCUCGAAUCAAGUUCCGGGAGGAAGCUAAGCGCCUGCUCUUUAAGUAUGCCGAGGCUGCCAGGCGGCUCAUUGAAUCCAGGAGUGCUUCCCCCGACAGCAGGAAGGUGGUCAAGUGGAAUGUAGAGGACACCUUCAGCUGGCUCCGGAAAGACCACUCGGCCUCCAAGGAGGACUACAUGGACCGCCUGGAGCACCUGCGGAGGCAGUGUGGGCCCCACGUGUCGGCUGCAGCCAAGGACUCGGUGGAGGGCAUCUGUAGCAAGGUCUAUCAUAUCUCCCUGGACUACGUCAAACGGAUCCGAGAGAAGCACCUUGCCAUCCUCAAGGAAAACAACAUCCCAGAGGAGGCCGAGGCUCCUGAGCUGGAACCCCGCCUGGUGUACUGCUACCCGGUACGGCUGGCCGUGUCUGCGCCCCCCAUGCCCAGCGUGGAGAUGCACUUGGAGAAUAAUGUGGUCUGCAUCCGGUACAAGGGUGAGAUGGUCAAGGUCAGCCGCAAUUACUUCAGCAAGCUGUGGCUCCUCUACCGCUACAGCUGCGUGGAUGACUCGGCCUUGGAGAGGUUCCUGCCUCGAGUCUGGUGUCUUCUCCGGCGCUAUCAGAUGAUGUUUGGUGUGGGCCUCUAUGAGGGGACUGGCCUGCAGGGGUCACUGCCUGUGCACGUCUUCGAGGUCCUCCACCGACUCUUUGGCGUCAGCUUUGAGUGCUUUGCCUCGCCGCUCAACUGCUACUUUCGCCAGUACUGCUCUGCCUUCCCUGACACAGAUGGCUACUUCGGCUCCCGAGGGCCCUGCCUGGACUUCGCUCCGCUGAGUGGCUCAUUUGAGGCCAACCCUCCAUUCUGUGAGGAACUCAUGGACGCCAUGGUGUCUCACUUCGAGAAACUGCUGGAAAGCUCGCCAGAGCCCCUGUCCUUCAUUGUGUUCAUCCCUGAGUGGCGGGACCCCCCAACCCCAGCGCUCACCCGCAUGGAGCAGAGCCGCUUCCGGCGCCACCAGCUGAUUCUGCCUGCCUUUGAACAUGAGUACCGCAGUGGCUCCCAGCACAUCUGCAAGAAGGAGGAAAUGCACUACAAGGCAGUCCACAACACGGCCGUCAUCUUCUUGCAGAAUGACCCCGGCUUUGCCAAGUGGGGGCCGACGCCCGAGCGGCUGCAGGAGCUCACCACCGCCUACCGGCAGUCCGGUCGCACCCACAGCUCCAGCUCUUCAUCCUCAUCCUCGGAGGCCAAGGAGCGGGACUCGGGCCGCGAGCAGGGCCCUAGCCGCGAGCCUCACCCCACCUAACACAGCUUACGGGGUGGAGGAGCCCCAGGGUGCUGGCAUUGACUGCUGGGACUUGGACCUGUGGGGGCCAAGCAGGCCCUGGGCCUCCCCAAGGGGUGGCAGCAGAACUCAGGCUGCCAGGGACAUAGGAAGAUUCUGGCUCUUUGGCCAGGGUUCCCCCUCCCUGCCCCAGCUCCCAACUGCCCACCCUGAACUCACUUGAGUCCCUUGUAUAUAGGCCUGACACCCUUCUUUCUACCCUCCCAACCCCCCAUGGUUUCAUCUGUAAAAGGAAAUACAGACCCCCUCCCUUCAAGAAUGUGUGAGGGUCUCAGCAAAGGAGGUCUACCCUGGGGACCACACUCUGCCCCUCCAGGUUCACCUUGCAGGGCCACUGCUCCACACAGCUGGCCGCCUGGCUCCCAGGCCUGUGUGCCCAGGGGCUGGCAGCGGAACUGCAGACUUGUCCAGCUGGGCAGAGCAGCAGAAGCCCCCUGCUGGUACUGGAGUUGCCCUGCAAGCAAGAGCCUCUGUGCAGCACCUUCCCCACCCUCUGAGGACCUGGGGAGGAGGGUGCUGGGGUGACAUCUCCGCUCUGGCCUUGCGUGGUUGGCAGCCUGUCCUUCGUGCCCCCACUGGAGUGGCUUUUGACAAGCUCCUGCUUGGGCAGUCUAUCAAUGAGAGGACAAAGUGAGCCGGCCAGGCCUGGACUGUGGUCCUUUUAUUGAGACAAAGGCCCAGUGGGUCCAAGCAAACAAAAAUAAAUCUCUCUUCUAGA